UUGUUCUCUGGGGGGGGUCACUGACCUUGUCCCAUCCCCCAGGGCUGCGGCAGCGCCGGAGAGUCCCAGAGAAAAGGGGGGCCCCCACCCAGCCCCCCCCAGACCCCCUGGGCUGGUUCGGGGUGCUGGUGCCCCCCAGUCUGCGGCAGGCACAGGGCAGCUUCCAGAAGGGGGUGACUCUGGCCGUGGAGGUGGCCGAGCUCCAGGGCACCGUGGACGCCGCGGCCACGCGGUACCGGCACCUCCUGCGGCAGAAACGGCUCCUGGGCGGGGACAGAGGGGACAGAGAGACCUCUGGGGACAGCAGCGCCUCAGGAACCCUGGGGGACACCGAGACCACGGGGACGCCGGAUGACGUCAAGGCCCAGGGAGACACCAAGGGUGGCACAGUGACCGCAGGGGACACAGGGACUGCGUGACAUGGACACUGAGAGGACCAGGGACACUCUGCAGGUGACACAGAGCCUGCCCAGGUGACACAGCACCUGCCCACGGGUGACACUGAGUCCCCAAGGACCCUGCAGGUGACGCUGAGACCCACUCGUGGGUGACAUGGAGCCCCCAAGGACCCUGUGGGUGACACUGAGCUCCACCAGUGGGUGGCAGUGCUGUCAUCACCCACGUGACAGGACCACCCCAGGGCCCCCCGUGUC